CAAACGAUGUUAUGAGGGACCAUUGCACAACUUUAAACAAGCUUGUUCCCUAAUAGAUCAGCAAUGAAAUAACGUUAUCUGGGACAACAGUACGCAUGAAAGACAAGGAGACACCGGCAUCCCUCAGCAGAGAUUUAAUGAUGACUGAGCUGAGCACAACGUCCCUGCUUCUGACAGAAACCAGCCCAGGCUAUAGAGAUCAUGAGAAUAAUUGCCUAAUACACAAUUUCAUUGAUGUGAUCCUUGAUGGUGUCACUGUGCUCAUCUGUCUCUUCGGGCUGGUGGGAAACGGGGUCAUCCUCUGGCUCCUCAGCUUCUUCAUUAAGAGGAAUCCCUUCACCAUCUACAUCCUCAACCUGGCUGUAGCAGACUUAAGCUUCCUCCUCUUCCUGCUUGUUUACCUCAUACUGUCUAUUGUGGAAUCUGUCUUCUGUGCCUCUGAAUUUGGGCACUUUCUGAGGGUUUUACAGCUGCUGUUUCUGUUCGCCUACAAUGCCAGCCUGUACUUCCUGACAGCCAUCAGCGUUGAGAGGUGUCUGUCUGUCUUCUACCCCAUCUGGUGCCGAUGCCACCGCCCCAAGCACCUGUCUGCCCUUGUGUGUGCCCUGCUGUGGGCUCUCUCCUGCCUGGUAACGGGACUAAUGUCUUAUUUUUGUGUUUUUGAUCAAACUGAACGCUGUCGGAUGUCAAACAUCGCCAUGUAUGUUCUGAAUUUCCUGAUUUUCGCUCCCGUCAUGGUUCUGUCCAACCUGAUCCUGUGCAUCAAGGUCCGACAUAGCUCCCAACAACAUCAGCCUGGAAGGCUCUACAUUGUUAUCUUGCUCACCGUCCUCUUCUUCCUUGUCUUUACUGUUCCCUUCAGUAUCCAGCGCCUUGGCCUGUAUUUUAAUUAUUUUCAUCUCUCCAUUGAGAUAUGUAAUGCGCUGGUCUCUGUAAACAGCAGCAUUAACCCAGUUAUUUACUUUUUAGUUGGAAGCUACAGGAAGUGGCGCUUCAGGGGCUCUGUUAAGGUCGCACUCCAGAGGGUUUUUGAAGAGCAAGCAGAUUCUAGAGAAGACAGAAAGGCCACCAGCACAGACACAAUGGAGUUGGCCAAUUAAAUCCCUACAGCACCCAGCCUCAGAGACCUUAUUGUGGAUGUGGAGCUUUAUUAAUCGGCAUGAAAAUUAGCAGCUUCCUACUUGUUUAAUUUUUCUCUCAUUUUCCAAAUACCAUAUCUGUGUGGCACUUGG